AUGAGCUCAAUGUUUCAUCAGGCAACGAGCUCAGCUCCUGAUAUCGACAGAGUGAUAAAAGAGUCUAGACGAACUCCUUUUUCACUCAGGAUCAAAAGUACCUAUAUUCGAGAUACCAGCAAGCUGCGUAUCCCAGAAUACUCUGGUAACAGCGAUCCGAGAGCUUACAUGCGAGCUUUUAACCUCGUCGUAUCUCGAGUUCCUUUCUCUCCAGAAGAGAUAGAAGCAGCCUACUGCAGGCUCUUCGCUGAGAACCUGAUCGGACCAGCUCAAGAAUGGUUCUCAACGCUGGACGAAAACUCAAUCGAUAAUUUCGACCAGCUCCAAUCAGCCUUCCUAAAACAGUAUUCGAUCUUCAUCGAAUCUAAAAUUACGGAAGCAGACCUUUGGAGACUUUCUCAAGGACCAAAGGAAUCACUUCGAUCUUACAUUGACAGAUUCAAAUCAGUCAAAGCUAAGAUCACAAACCCUAAUGAGGCAGUAGCUCUACUUGCCCUCAAAACAACUUGUGCAUUCGCAACUCUCGAGGAAGACACAGCUCUCCUCAGAGAAAAAUACCUCAAAGGGGAGCUCGCAUAUGCUCCACCAGGUGCUAAGAAAACUGCACCAGCUAAACCACCUUCGCAGAAGGAAUGCCGUGCUAAAGGCAAAAAGUCUAGCAAAAAGAAGGGAAAAAGCAAAACAGCUGAAACCGCGGUUAAGGCCGAAAAGCCAAAACCCAAACCAGCUAAAGACUCCGACAACGCACCUCAGAAAAGAGAACGCGAAGUCGAGGUCGAAGCCCCCGAUUCCCCUCCUUCUAACAGGAAAAGAAUCGACCUAAUCUUCGGAGAGCUCAGCCUUUGCGGCGGCUCAACGAGAUCCGUGGUCACCCCCCCACCCGCUCCUAGAAAGGCUACGAGCUCUAGCUCACACAGACCUCCUAGACUUGUCGGGGGGAUAGAGCAUUCUUACAGAAGCUCGCCUGUUACAUCACCUACCUCCAGACCCGAUACUAAGAGCAUUGCGAUCUCUUGCUUACGCAGACUUCACAAGCUCUCGGGGGGAGUAGAGCCACCUACCCCUAAACGAAUUGACUUCAUUUGCGGUGGCUCGAAGAUGUGCAAAGACUCGAUUAACUCGAUCAAAGCACAUCAGCGACGGGUCGAGUCAUCUGGACAACCACGUCCUCUAGACGGACCUGAUCACGAAAUCAAAUUUCGAGAAAGCGAAACACUCGCACUCGAUAAACCUCAUGACGAUGCACUCGUAAUCGAGCUCGCCGUAGCCGGAUUCGAGCUGACCAGAGUCAUGAUAGACACAGGAAGCUCUGUAGACGUGCUGUUCUACGAUGCUUUCAAGCGAAUGGGAUUCGAAAACUCCGCACUCAUAGGAGGCCGUACGCCCCUAACUGGGUUCGCAGGAGAAACGACCUAUUCCAUGGGAACUAUCCAGCUCCCAAUCAAAGCAGGUGGUAUAACGAAAACAGUUGACUUUGUGGUCGUAGAUCGCCCCGCGCCAUUCAAUGCCAUUCUCGGCAGGCCGUGGCUCUACACCAUGAAAGCAGUUGCAUCCACUUACCACCAAUGCGUCAAGUUCCCUACACCUUGGGGGACAAAAACAAUUCGCGGUUGCCAACGAGCUUCCCGAGAUUGCUAUAUGGGCAGCUACUUGCGAGCUGAAAAAUCGCCAGUUUGCAUCGACGAAACCGACCCCGAAAGGCGCGUUGGUAUCGGAAUCGAUCUCGCAAAACCUAUCCGUGACGAGCUGAUCGCCUUCCUAAAGGAAAACAUCAGCACAUUCGCAUGGUCCACCGCGGACAUGCCCGGGAUUGACACUAGGAUCACGUCUCACGAGCUGAACGUAGAUCCCACGUUCAAACCCAUGAAACAAAAACGUCGAAAACUCGGCCCAGAUCGGGCUAAAGCAGUAAACGACGAAGUAGACCGACUACUCAAGGUAGGCUCGAUCAGAGAGGUGAAAUACCCCGACUGGUUAGCUAAUCCUGUAGUUGUCAAAAAGAAAAACGGAAAGUGGAGAGUCUGUAUCGAUUUCACAGACCUUAAUAAAGCUUGUCCAAAAGACAGCUAUCCACUUCCUCAUAUAGAUCGCUUGGUCGAAGCUACGGCUGGUCACCAGCUCCUAUCCUUCAUGGAUGCGUUUUCUGGGUAUAAUCAAAUCAAGAUGAACCCAGAAGAUCAGGAGAAAACAGCUUUCAUAACAGACCGAGGUACUUACUGCUACAAAGUAAUGCCAUUCGGGCUAAAAAACGCGGGAGCUACAUAUCAGCGCCUCGUAAACAAAAUGUUUGCCGAUCAGCUCGGUAAAACAAUGGAGGUGUACAUAGACGAUAUGCUGGUCAAAUCCUCUAGGGAAACAGACCACGUCGCACAGCUCCGGGUAUGCUUCUCCAUACUUAACAAGUACGGCAUGAAGCUGAACCCGACUAAGUGUACAUUCGGAGUUCCGUCUGGCGAGUUCCUCGGUUACCUAGUAACUGAACGCGGAAUCGAGGCGAACCCGAAGCAAAUCUCUGCCCUCUUAGAUAUGCCUUCUCCAGAAAAUACUAGAGAAGUACAACGGUUAACCGGUCGAAUAGCAGCCCUUAAUAGGUUCAUUUCCCGGUCAACCGACAAGUGUCUUCCAUUUUACCAGCUCCUCCGAGGAAAUAAAAAAUUCCUCUGGGACGAAAAAUGCGAAGAAGCUUUCAAACAGCUCAAAACUUACCUCAGCGAACCUCCUAUACUGGCAAAACCAGUAGAAGGAGAACCGCUAUACCUUUACAUCGCGGUCUCGCCUGCAGCGGUCAGCGGGGUCUUAGUUCGUGAAGAGCUAAACGAACAAAGACCAAUCUUUUACGUAAGUAAAUCCCUGAUUGAUGCCGAGACUAGAUACCCAGCUAUGGAAAAACUUGCCUUAGCAAUAGUAAUGUCCGCUCGCAAGCUGCGACCUUACUUUCAAUCACACACAAUCGUGGUGAUGACCUCGCAACCAUUGCGAACUAUGCUACAUAGUCCAAGUCAAUCUGGACGACUAGCUAAAUGGGCUAUCGAGCUCAGCGAAUACGACAUCGAAUAUCGAACUAGAACCUGUGCUAAAGCCCAGGUACUAGCUGAUUUCAUGAUCGAGCUGGCACCGGAAGCCAAUAACGAUACCACCCUCUCUAAAGUUUGGACACUCUUCGUAGAUGGAGCCUCGUCCAAACAAGGAGCUGGCGUCGGAAUCAAACUCACAUCUCCAACCGGAGAAGUGAUCGAACAAUCGUUCAGACUCGGAUUCGUCGCCUCUAACAAUGAGGCCGAAUACGAGGCACUCAUAGCCGGACUCCGACUCGCAAUCGGGAUCGGCGUGAAUGAGAUCAACGCAUUCAGCGACUCCCAGCUCGUUACUAGCCAAUACAGCGGCGAGUACGAAGCAAAAGAGGAGCGCAUGGAAGCUUAUCUCAAAGUAGUUCGAGAUUUAGCUGGACAAUUCAGUAAAUUCGAACUAACUAGGGUGCCUAGGGGAGAGAACACUUCGGCUGACGCCUUAGCUGCUCUCGCCUCCACUUCGGACCCAACUGUAAGACGUGUGAUCCCAGUCGAAGGCAUAGAUAAACCUAGCAUCGACAUCGCACUCAAGUCUGACAGUAUAAACGCAAUUACCUCGCGCCCGUCUACUCGUUCUCAAACUAGACAGUCCCAAGAUCCGGGACCAUCUAACCCGGAACCUGAUUCCGAGGAGGAAGAACCUGACCAAGAUAGGCAAAAAACAAGGUAUAUCGAUUCGGACUCUUCGCAAAAUACGCAAGAGUCCACGAUCCAUACCGUCCCAUCUGCUAUGGCGAACGAACUCACCUUAAAGGAAGAGUUCGCUGCGAGACCCGACUGGAGAACUCCUAUAAUCGAGUAUAUCCAGCUCGGAGCCGUCCCUAACGAAAAAUGGGCAUCUCGCAAGCUAAAAGCCCAAAGCGCACAUUAUUGCAUGAUGGAAGAUAAGCUCUACAAGCGAAGCCUUAUCGAACCAUAUCUAACAUGCAUCCAUGGCGAAGAAGCUUACACCGUAAUGCACGAGACUCAUCAAGGACCUUGCGGAAGUCAUUCCGCAGGCCGAGCUCUCGUCAUACGGAUUAAAAAGCUAGGCUACUUCUGGCCGACGAUGAUCAGAGACUGCGAACAGUACUCCAGGCGAUGUGACAAAUGCCAAAGGCACGCCCCAAGCAUUCACGUCCCAGCUGAAACACUCUCAUCGAUCUCUUCACCUUAUCCUUUUAUGAGGUGGUCUAUGGACAUAAUAGGACCUAUGGUCUCUUCGGGACCGAAGCAAUUCCAAUACCUAUUAGUCCUUACUGACUACUUCACUAAAUGGAUCGAGGCCAAACCAUACCAACAAACGACCGAACUCGAGGUCCGGAAAUUUAUCUGGAAAGACAUCAUUUGUCGACACGGGCUCCCUUUCGAGAUCGUGACAGAUAACGGAUCUCAGUUCAUAGCUCGAACAUUCAAAGACUUCUGCAAGAAGUGGAACAUACGCAUAACGUAUUCCACACCUCGUUACCCUCAAGGGAACGGGCAAGCUGAAGCAACAAACAAAACCCUCUUGAGUAACCUCAAGAAACGACUCGACGCCCGUAAACAUAGGUGGUCCGAAGAGCUCGCAGCAGUUCUUUGGGCUUGCCGAACUACACCUCACAAAGCUACCCAUGAGACCCCGUUCUCAUUAGCUUACGGGCUAGAGGCCGUCAUCCCAACUGAAACUUCCGUUCCAAGUCUUCGCAGGAUGCAAUGUCCAGCGAACGUCGAGCUGAACGAGAAAUGUUGA